UAGCAAAACAGAAACGUCAUUAUGGAGCGGAACUUUUGACAGCCUCGGUCCAGUUGUAUUGCCGACAAUGGAGGGGCUAGAGAUGUCUGCCAUGAUACCGGCUCUCCAGGAGCUUGCGAGUGCCAGUGCGGGUGAAUACGACGAAGCGGUGCAGAAACCGCGACAGAUCCUGUGUCAGUUCAUCGACAGGAUCCUGACCAACGUGGAUGCAGUGUCUCUGGGGCUGAACAAGAAGUCCACGUCAGAGCCCGCAUGUGUUAUGCUGCUGGACUUUGUGCAGCACAUCAUCAAAUCGUCAUCGCUUAUGUUCACCAACCCCGCCUGCCAGCCUGCCGAGUACCCUGACGCCACACAGAACUGCACUGAUUUCAGCAAGUGGGUGGCAGUGCGUUUGCUGCGCGUGGCAGCCGCUCCCGACUGCGAUGUCAUCCACAGCCGCGUGUGCGCCGUGCUCUGCUUCUUGAUGAACUCUCUGAAGUUCAGGGCUCCGUUCAUCUUUAGCCGCCUCGCACGGGAGCUCAUUCUCCUGGCGCAGAACCUCAGUGACAUCCUGUCCGCUCACGUCGCCUCCCUCACCGGGAAUCGCACGCCCAGCCGAUGGCCCGCGGCGCUCUCCGCCUUCGCCCUCUCGCCAGUGUGCGCCUACCUCACCCCUUCGCCUCUCAUACUCGACUCACCUUCGGCCUUGGAGACUCUCACCGCCGCGACAGUGAGCGUUUUGACCGACGCCGUGAGGGGAGUCAUUUCCCCUGGCGACCUCAGGGCUGCCUGGGAGACCGCUUGCUCCAUCCUGGCCAACGGCACCAUCCGGCUGAGGAAGGUCGCCAUGGUGACGCUGAGGCAGCUGGUGGAGCUGGGGGGUUUUCCAGAGGUGCAGGGACACGAGUUCUUCGCCGCCUUCCUUCAUGUGCUGGAGACGAACAUGUGCAUGGCGAGUGGUCAGGAGCUGUACGACGGAGAGCUGCUUCUCCUGACACGAUGCGUGUUUCGCUCACCGGGUAACACGCGCACGAACUUUGAACCCAUCUACCUCGCACAGCUCUUUGAGUGCGUGUGCGCCCUCGGCAAGGAGGGCGCCACCCUGGGGACGGAGGUUGCCCAGUCGCUGUGCCACUUGUUCGAUUUCGCGCUGUCCGUCACGGUGGGAUACGAGAACGGCAGGCUGCCGCAGAGGCAGCGGGUCGCCGAGGUCUGCGGGGUGCUGGCACGCACCGUGGGCACAGAAAACCAAGCUGAGUGCGCCGAGGGUUUUCUCCGAGCUGCGCUCAAAGCCGAGGUUGCCGUGGUGACGCGGCAGGUGGACGACGAGGAGCUGGUUCCAAGGAAAGUCUGCAAAGUUGCCACCAAUGCAGCCAGGAAGCUGGCAAAAGCGUCAUCAAACAAGGUGGACAUGCGUGCUCGCAGUCAGGUUUGGGCUGUGGUCAGCAGUCGGCUGGAGGAGCUGUUAACGCUCUUGAACUCUGACUCCGGUGAACCUGAGCCCACGGAGAUUCUCUCUGCUCUGCGCGGUCUGGCGCUCAUCCUCCAUCUGGCGGCUGUCUGCUUUUCACCCGACCGACCUCUCCUUUGGGUGUCCGCUGAGAACCUGGGCAGAUCGCUAAAGAGCUGCCAGUCAGUGUUGGAGGGUGGAAUUAAGUCAGUUUCGAACCAGAACUACUACGAGUCUGCUAUCCAGAUCACUAUCGGAGUUCUUGACUGUAUCAUCUACCUGACUAGAUGCAGCCACGGCGAUGACGGCCUUUGGCGUCGUACAUGUGCACUUUUAUCGCUCCCAUGGGUGCCAGACCUCAAGUCGGCCUCGGCCUUCAAAAGUUCCGGGUUCCCCUCCUGGGUGCCCGUCUUGGCACAGAGGCUCCACUCCUGCUUCUCGAGCGAGGUGCAGACGCAGUGUGUCUUGCUACUGGCCCGCCUAUGUCCCGGUGUGUGCGAGGUUUGGCGCGCCUGUGUCUUUUCUGCGGCGCUGCAGGGUCAAGAUGAGGCGGUGAGAGCGGCGGCGGUUAGAGCCUUCCCUCUUCUCCUUCACCACCUUGGAAGCGCCCACCAGAACCUCAUUGACACCGCUCUACAUCCCAGGUUGGAAGAUAGUUCGGAGCAGGUGAAGAGGGAACUUGCCAGGAUCGUUGGUCAGCUGAGCUGCAUCCAGUCUGGCCUCUCGCAGCUCGACGACACGUGCGCCAAAGCGACUUGUACGGAGGAGCUCGUCUGCGUCCGCCUGGGUCUCGCCGCAGAGCAUGCUGGGAAUGGUCUCCCAUCCCUGAAGGCGUCAUUUUUGAAACCCUUUCUUCCUCUGCUCCAACCACAAGCCGCAAGUAGUGUAAAACGAGCAUUCCUGGAAGCGCUUCCUCACCUUUGCCAACAUGUCAGUCUGGCCGGCGACCACAGCGACUCCCGGGAAGUCCUCUGCGCCCUGAUUGGCCUCAUGGAGGAUUCUGACCCGGGGGUCCGAACCGGCUUCAGCCGAUCAGUGCGCUUCCUGCUCACAGAGCCCACGCAGAGCUCCAGUGACGGCCCUGCAAGUGAGCUCCUGGUUGCUAGUCUCCAAGAGGCCUUCAACAAUGCAAAACUCAAACAAGAUGAGGACCUGCGCCACACGCUCAUCCUCACCACAGGGGAGAUCGGCAGAGCCUCUCAGGGUAGUCUGGUGUCCUUCUCCCUCCUGCGGCUGCUCCACUGUUUGCUGUCCAAGUCGUCGCCGGUGUCAGUUGCUGCCUACACUCAGAUCAGAGCCCUGGCCUCUGCCAAAGGCCUCAAACUCCAAACUCUCUUUAGUCAGUACAAGAACCCCAUUUGUCAGUUCCUGGUGGAGUCGCUGCACUCGCGUCACGCCUCGGCCCUGCGGAGCACACCGGAUCAGAUCGGCAGCGAAUCGGCCAAUCAGAGGGAGCUGGCUCUGGACAUCCUGGCUCAGAUUGCACACGCUUUUGACUUCCCGGACCUCUACCUCUUCCUCUCUCGGACGCUGCAGGUACUCCUGCCCUACUUGGCCGCCAAGGCCAGUGCAACAGGCUCCGUCCUCAUCCGCACCCUGGCCAAUGAGCUGAAGGCAAACAGGAGGGAGAUCCUGAUCAACAACUUCAAGUACAUUUUCAGCCAUCUGGUCUGUUCCUGCACCAAGGAGGAGCUGGAGAGGGCCUUCCACUACCUACAGAGCGAGACCGAUAUCGAACUGGGCUCCCUUCUGCGUCAAGACUUCCAGGGUCUUCACAACGAGCUGCUGCUGCGCUUGGGCGAGCACUACCAGCAGGUCUUCAACGGCCUGGCCAUCCUGGCUUCCUUCGCUUCAAACGACGACCCCUAUCAGGGCCCCCGUGGCAUCACCACCCCGGAGCGCAUGGCAGACUACCUGCAGCCAAAGCUCCUGGGAAUUUUGGCCUUCUUCAACAUGCAGCUGCUCAGCUCCAGUGCAGGAGAGAAAGACAGGAAGAAGCUGGUGCUGACCAGUGUGAUGGCUUUGAUUAAACUCAUGGGCUCCAAACACAUCAGCUCAGUCAGAGUGAAGAUGAUGACCACCCUGCGCACGGGCCUGCGCUACAGAGAGGAUUUUCCUCUGCUCUGCUGCCAAGCGUGGGACUGUUUUGUGCGGAGCGUGGAUCCCGCACAUCUGGGACCUCUCCUGAGUCAUGUGAUCGUGGCGCUUCUCCCGCUGAUCCCUCUGCAGCCCAAAGAGACUGCCGCCAUCAUCUGCUUCCUGAUACUGGACAACAGGGAAGAAGUCAACGACUACCUCCAUGAGAUUUACUUCUUGCCGGACCACCCUGAGCUGAAAGACAUACACACUGUCUUGCAGAACUACAAAAAGCUGACAGCCAGCAACAGUGACCUGGCAUCCAUCCUGCAGCUGUCCAUGAGAGCCGUUCAGCAUGAGAACGUCGACGUCCGCAUUCAUGCGCUCACCAGCCUGAGAGACAUGAUGCACAGCAACCAGGACUGGCUUCUGAGGCAGGUUUGCGCCAGUGAGGCGGUGGAGCCGGUCAUCUCCAGCCUGGUGUCGGUGCUGCUGAAGGGCUGCCAGGACUCGUCCCCAGAGGCCAGACUGCUGUGCGGUGAGUGUCUCGGAGAGCUGGGCGCCGUGGACCCCGGGCGCCUGGACCUGACGCAGUCCCACACCCACGGUGACCGCAACACGUUUGUGAGUGGAGUUGAAGACCCAAACUUCGCCUAUGAGCUCCUGAAUGAGCUGACGAGAACUUUUCUAGCUUAUGCCGACAAUGUCCGAGCGCAGGAUUCAGCUGCCUAUGCCAUCCAGGAGCUGCUCUCCAUUUUUGAGUGUCGCGAGGGUCGCCUCGAUUCGCCUGGGCGCCGCCUGUGGAGGAGAUUCCCGGAGCACAUCCAGGAGAUACUGGAACCCCAUCUCAACAGCAGGUACAAGAGCAGCCAGAAGGAGGUGAACUGGUCCAAACUGAAGAAGCCGGUCUACCUCAGCAGCAAGGGUAGCAAGUUUUCAGAUUGGUCCGCCACAUGGGCCGCCUACCUCAUAAGCAAAGUGCGACAUGAGCUGGCCAGCCGAGUGUUCACCUGCUGCAGUUUCAUCAUCAAGCACGACUACAAGGUCACCAUCUACCUGCUGCCUCACAUCCUGCUCUACAUGCUGCUGGGGUGUACUCCUGCAGAGCAGAAGGAGGUGGCAGAGGAGAUCCUGACGGUGCUGACGGAUGGGGAGAUGCCUGGGGCGGGGCGUGGCCAGGAGACGGCCUCCAGCCUAUCGCAGCUCAGCACUCAGACCGUGUUCAGCAUGUUGUCUCACCUCACCCAGUGGAGCCGCCACAUCCUCUAUGCCAAACCCAAACAUAAUGAAAGCGGCGAAUACCAGCGUGUGGUGGCCUUUCUCAAGGGGAUUCCUCAGGACGUCAUGGCCAAGGCCUCGCUGCGCUCCAAGGCGUACACUCGGGCACUCAUGCACUUUGAAGCCUUCAUCCUGGAAAACAAGGAAAACAUCCAGGACCACCUCACAUUCCUGCAGACACUGUACGCUGCCAUGCACGAGCCCGACGGCGUGAGAGGGGUCAACGCCCUGAGGAGGGAGGAGCCGUCGCUACGGGAACAGAUACUGGAGCACGAGAGCAUCGGUCUCCUCCGGGAUGCCACCGCCUGCUACGACCGCGCCAUCCAGCUGGAGUCGGACCAGAUCGGUCAUUAUCACGGGGUCAUGACGUCUAUGCUCGGCCUGGGCCAGCUGUCCACAGUCAUCACGCAGGUUAAUGGGGUGCUGGCCGACAAACACCAGUGGACGUCGGAACUGAACACGUACAGAGUGGAGGCCGCCUGGAAGCUGGGCAAAUGGGACCUGCUGGAGGACUACUUGAGUUCGGACCUUCAGUCUAGCACAUGGGGAGUGCGAAUGGGCCAGUUGCUGCUGGCCGCCAAGAAACAAGAUGCCGGUACCUUCUAUGAGAAGCUGAAGCUGGUCAGGAAGGAGCAGGUGGUCCCUUUGUCUGCCGCCAGCUAUGAGUGCGGAACCUACCAGAGAGGAUAUGAAUACAUCGUCAGAUUGCACAUGCUGAGUGAGAUGGAGCACACGUUCACAGAGCUGCAGAAACAGGAAGAAGGCUCCGCCCCCAGCCUCAGACAGCUUCCUUCUCAUUGGUCGGAUCGGCUUGAGAUGACUCAGAAAUCCUUCCGGGCCAAAGAGCCCAUCCUGGCCCUCCGUCGCGCCCUGCUCGGCCUGCAAUCAAAGCCUACGAGCCAGGAGCUGGUAGGUGAGUGCUGGCUCCAGAGCGCUCGGGUGGCCAGAAAGGCUGGCCAUCAUCAGACUGCUUUCAACGCACUUUUGAAUGCGGAGAACACACACCUGGCCGAGCUGGUCACCGAGAAGGCCAAGUGGCUUUGGUCCAAGGGAGACGUACACCAGGCCCUGAUCGUGCUGCAAAAGGGCGUCACCCAGUGUUUCCCCAACGAUCACCCCCAGUCGGACCCUCGCAGUCUGCAGACCAAAGGCAGAGCCAUGCUGCUGGUGGGACGCUUCAUGGAGGAGACGGCUAACUUUGAAUCCAACGCCAUCAUGAAGACGUAUAAGGAUGUGACCAACCUUCUACCCGAAUGGGAGGAUGGCAACUUCUACCUGGCUAAAUACUACGACAAGGUGAUGCCCAUGGUGACCGACAACAAGCUGGAGAAGCAAGGCAACCUCAUCAGAUACAUAGUCACCUACUUUGGAAAAGCCUUGCAGUUUGGGAACCAAUACAUCUACCAGGCUAUGCCUCGCAUGCUGUCCCUGUGGCUUGACUUUGGAGCCAAAGUGUGCGAGUGUGAGAAGGCCGGGCGGGCCGACAGGCAAAUGCGCCAGGAGCUGUCCAAAAUCAACACGGCAGUGAGCGAGCACUGCGCUAACUUGGCGCCCUACCAGUUCCUGACCGCCUUCUCGCAGCUCAUCUCCAGAGUAUGCCACUCCAGCGACGACGUCUUCACCGUCCUCAUGACCAUCGUGGCCAAAGUUUUCCUGGCAUACCCCCAGCAGGCCAUGUGGCUGAUGACGGCCGUGUCCAAGUCGUCCUAUCCCACUCGCAUGAACCGCUGCAAUCAGAUCCUGAAGAAGGCCAUCAGCCUCAAGCAGUCGCUGGAGAAGUUCAUCGGCGACGCCAACAGGCUCACCGACAAGCUGCUGGAGCUCUGCAACAAGCCGGUGGACGGUAACUGCACCACCCUGAGCAUGAGCGUCCACUUCAAGCAGCUGAAACGUCUGGUGGAGGAGCCCACCUUCAGCGAGAUCCUGAUCCCGCUGCAGUCUGUGCUCAUCCCAACGCUGCCCUCUACCGGCGGGGCAAACACGGAGCACGACGCCUUUCCGGGACACUGGGCCUACCUGGCCAGCUUUGAAGAUUCUGUGGAGAUCCUGGCCUCCUUACAGAAGCCUAAGAAGAUCAGUCUGAUGGGGUCAGAUGGGCGGAGCUACACCAUGAUGUGCAAACCUAAAGAUGACCUGAGGAAAGACUGCAGACUUAUGGAGUUCAACUGCCUCAUUAACAAGUGCUUACGGAAAGACGCAGAGUCGCGGCGGCGGGAGCUCCACAUCCGCACUUACGCCGUCAUCCCACUCAACGAGGAGUGCGGCAUCAUCGAGUGGGUCAGCAACACAGCGGGGCUUCGGCACAUCCUCACCAAACUGUACAAGGAGAGAGGUGUCUACUUGUCGGGCAAAGAGCUGAGGAAGCUGAUUCUGCCAAAGACGGCCCCCUUUGAGGAGAAACUUCGAAUACACAAGGAGGUGCUGUGCGUUCGACACCCUCCCAUCUUCCACGAGUGGUUCCUCCGCACCUUCCCCGACCCGACGUCAUGGUACAGUAGUCGCUCCGCAUACUGCCGCUCCACAGCGGUGAUGUCCAUGGUGGGCUACAUCCUGGGCUUGGGGGAUCGCCACGGAGAAAACAUCCUCUUCGACUCCUUAACGGGGGAAUGUGUGCACGUAGACUUCAACUGCCUCUUCAACAAGGGGGAGACAUUCGACGUCCCCGAGGUGGUUCCUUUCCGACUGACCCAAAACAUGGUCCACGCCAUGGGGCCCAUGGGCACAGAGGGCCUCUUUAGGCAGGCCUGUGAGGUCACACUGAGGCUGAUGAGGGACCAGAGGGAGCCGCUGAUGAGUGUACUGAAGACCUUUCUGCACGACCCUCUGGUGGAGUGGAGCAAGCAAGGCAAAGGACUGUGCAAAACGCAGGCUAACGAAACUGGAGAGAUAGUAAAUGAAAAGGCCAAAACUCACGUGUGUGACAUUGAACAGCGUCUUCAGGGCGUGAUUAAAAGCAGGAACAAAGUGCUGGGGCUGCCAUUGUCCAUCGAGGGACACGUCCACUAUCUUAUUCAGGAAUCCACAGAUGACAAACUGCUGUGUCUGAUGUACCUCGGCUGGGGGCCUUACCUGUAAAGUGCACUUACACAUUUACAAAUACCAUACUUUGACGCAUUAGAGUUCAAACAGCCCUCAGUUAUCAUUCACCUGUUUUCUGGUAAGCAACAUUCAUGUACAUGUUUUUGUAAUAAAUAAGGAUUAUGUUUUGUAUGCUUUAUGCCAUUUUGUGUGUGUGUGUAUGUGUGUGUAUGUGUGUGUUGUUGGUCAGAAAUGUGCCGUCUAAUCUCUUUAACCCUCCUUUAGAGUCAGACUGUCACCUAGUUUAGUUUAAUCCCCUCACAAGCACCAGUUGGAGUUAACGGUUGCAGUGCUGCAGUUUUGUAACCCGACAUGACUUUAAUAACCCAGAAAGUGACUGUAUUUAUAGUCAUUGCUUUUCU